AUGCUGAAGGAGUCCCUCAUUGCAGUCUGCAUUGGUCUGGCAGCAGCAAACAUCUGCAACGAUGGACAAGGUUCGUGGGCGUUCAGUCUCGUUGACGGUGUCACCGACUUCGCGUAUGGAGGAGUGCCAUUGAACGACAAGUACAAUUGUUUCGAGGGCUGUUUGAACACUCAAACUGCUGUUCAGGAUUUCAAGGUAUCUCUUAACGGUACCGUACCACCAACGGUGUCGAUGCCGAUGGUGAAACAGCAAAAACUCGGCACACAAGCCAGCCGACUCGCUCGUCUGAAGAAGAUGCAAGGUGAGUAUUUGAUG